AGAGGAAGAAAUAAUAAAGAGACGAAAGAGAGAGAGCGCGAAAAAUGGAGAAUGGACACGAUGACAUCGAUAACAAUCUGUGGGUGUUCGGAUACGGAUCGCUCUGCUGGCACCCCGGUUUCACGUACAUCAGAAGCAUGACUGGAUACGUCAAAGGCUUCAGCAGGAGAUUCUGGCAAGGCAACACGGCGCAUCGUGGGACGAUCGAGAAGCCUGGACGAGUCGCUACCCUGAUCGAGGAAAAAGAGGGAAUAGUUUACGGAAGAGCGUUUCAAGUCCAGGAUAGCGCAGCGUUGUCCUAUUUGGAGAAUCGCGAAUGCGCUCUGGGAGGAUAUCUGACGACCAUCACGACGUUUCACAGUCGGGACGAGGGCAAACAGUUCUCCGUGAUAAUUUACAUCGCUACCAACAAGAAUGAACAGUGGCUCGGCGAGGCAUCGUUGCCGAGCAUAGCGCGUCAAAUCACCGAGUGUUCCGGCCAGAGUGGACACAACGUCGAGUAUCUCUUACGGUUGGCGGACUUCAUGCACCGUUACUUGCCGGAGGCGCACGACGAGCACCUCUUUACAUUGGAGAUGCUGGUGCGUUCGCGAAUAAAGGAGGAGAACAUGUGCCUGGCGACGUUGAUGGGUAAUCGCGACUUCGCCAUCGACCUCGACGAGGACGCGGAAUCUGCCGGUCGUGCGGAAGCCAACGAGCGACCGCCCCGCGAGAACUCCUUCCAGUUCAGCGCGCGGAUACCGUCCAAGAGCUUGCGUUGCGUGAAGAUGUAGUCGACACGACGCGAGUCUCUCGCACUUGCGUGCGUGAUUCGCGAGCGAACAAGCAAAUGGCAGCUUAUUUUCUUACGCGACGUUCGAGUACAAAUAUGACUCUAUAGGCGUAAAGUAGUAGCGGGACUUCACCACGUUCCCAUAAGAAUAGGAAUGCGAGAUGAAAAUGUCGAACAAGUCGAGAAGGAGGAUCUUAAUAAAAGCUACGCUUCUUUAUCGCGGUCGAUCUGUAUCGACUACGAUCUAAAUUUAAAAAGCAGCUGCACAUUCCAUCGGGAAUAUAGUCUCGCUGCUGGUGUACGUCUUCCUUCCGUAGAGGCUAUUCUAUCAUACGUGUUUAUGAGACGGCUGUGUUAAUUUUGUAUCGCGCAACGUGCUGGACACGUGCACGCUUAGAGAACUUCGCCCACUUCCUAUUUUAUUUUAAUGCCGAUUUAUUCAUUGUCAGCUAUUAUGUAUUAUUUUUUUUUAACAUAAGACAAUUCUUAUUUUUAUCUAGACGGAGCGAGAAUCAUAUGUGCGCGGACAAAAUAAGAUUCGAGAAUUUUUUAAAUUCUUAAAUGUUUGAGAUAUAUAUGCGGAAAAAGAGUUUUUGCAGACGUUUGCUAGUGAAGUGUUUUUGUAUUGGAGACUAUACGCGUGCAUAUCUCGCUUUGAAAUGUUUAUUAAGCAUUUUAAUAUUGCGAACUGAUAAUUUGUACAUAUAUGACUAAUUAUAUACACAGACACGCACGUGCGUGCGCGUCUCUCUUUAUUUUAUGCACGUUAACGUACAAUAUAAUAUAUUUCUAUAAUAAAAAUUCCAUUUAGGAAAAAAGAAUGAAAUGUAUCUACAUAUAUACGGAUAUAUAGAUAACUUUCGUGCUACGAAGAGAAUUUUUUACCGUUAUAAAAAUUAGAGGAGAGAUUCCUAAAUGAGAUUGCGUAUAUACAUAUAUGUAAAAUAAA